GUUUGGCUGGCAAUUUGAAACGUUUACACUGAUGGCUGAAUUUGGACCAGAUUCCGGAGGGAGAGUGAAGGGUGUGACGAUCGUGAAACCCAUCGUGUUCGGCAAUGUUGCUCGGUAUUUUGGGAAGAAAAGGGAGGAGGAUGGACACACUCACCAGUGGUCUGUUUAUGUGAAACCCUACAGAAACGAGGAUAUGUCUGCAUAUGUUAAGAAGAUACAGUUCAAACUUCAUGAGAGUUAUGCGAAUCCACUUAGAGUUGUGACCAAGCCUCCGUACGAGAUCACAGAGACAGGGUGGGGAGAGUUUGAGAUCAUCAUCAAGAUCUUCUUCAUUGACCCCAAUGAGAGACCGGUGACUCUUUAUCAUCUGCUGAAGCUCUUCCAGUCAGAUUCAAGUGCCAUGCCCAAGAAGACAGUUGUUUCCGAGUUCUAUGAUGAAAUGAUCUUCCAGGACCCCACAGCAAUGAUGCAGCAGUUACUGACCACUUCCAGGCAACUGACUCUGGGGGCCUACAAGCACGAAACAGAGUUUGCUGAGUUGGAACUGAGGACGCGUGAGAAGCUGGAAGCGGCAAAGAAGAAGACAAGUCAGGAAAUCACAGACCUGAAGGACAGGCUGAAGGCCAGUCGAGAAACCAUCAACUUCCUGAAAGGGGAGAUACGCAAGCUGGAGGACGAGGACCAGAUCAAAGACCACUGAGACAGAGACGUGCAAUGCAGACCUGGGUUCAAAUAGUAUUUGAAACAUUUCAGCCACUUGGGCUGUUGACCCAAACCUGCCCGGCUCUUGUGUGACUUCUCUAUUGGUCCGUUAACUUGGUCCAAAGCGUAAUCGUGAGCAGAUAUUGUAUUACAUAGAAUUUGUAGUGAUCGUGUCGGAACCACGCCUGGCACUGCUGUGACCCAAACCUGAAAUCGCUACAUUUGGUACUGUGCUGCUUUUGUCAAUAGUGAGCCUUUGGGAUGACGUUAGAAUUGGGCUGGUUGUGUAAAUAAGUUUGGUCAGUAACUCUGACACAUUGUGUAUGUAUACAAAACAACUGGGGAUUUUCACUCUCAAUUCACAGAUUUACCACUGUGUAUUGUGUGUAUUUCACAGUGUGAAGUUUUGCAAACAGAUCUAUGUGAUAUGUGAAUAGGUUUUGUGUUGCUGUUAUUUUUAGUGACAUUUUUGUAAUUAUAUGUAACACUUUUUGAUUUAAUUGAUUGAUCCGCUUUUCCUUCUGGAGUCUAUUUGGGGUGAUUUGCACUGACUUUUUUUUGUCAAAUUUAUAUAUCUGAACAAUAUUAAGAAAACUGGUGCCUGA